CUUGGAGCCCACGCAUAUCCAUUUCUAGAUAACAAUCCAAAUCAACGUCGACUCAUCACAAUUUUCUUCAUCUCUCAACUUUAUUUCACAAUGGCUGCCGUCACCUCGUUGGUCCACCUGAGACCUAGAAUCUCAAUUUCCUCUUUCUCCUCUCAACUUUAUUUCUCAACAACAAUGCCCGCCGUCACUCUCCUUGGCCCACCUGAGAUCUAUACUCUCAAAUCAAACCCCAACCCUAACCCUACCACCAUCACAACCGCUGAAACCACCACAACCACUAACAAUGUCUUUGUCGAUCAAAUGGUGGACAACUUCAAUUCUCUGGCAAGUAACCGAAACCCACUGAUGGGGUUCACCGAGAACAUGUCACCGACAUUUCUCUCCACCGGUAACCCAUGCCUUGAUUUCUUCUUCCAUGUUGUCCCCGAUACUCCCUCUGAAACACUUGUCGAGAGACUCAAACUAGCAUGGUCCCAUAACCCACUCACCACCCUCAAACUCGUCUGUAACCUCCGUGGUGUUCGUGGUACCGGCAAGUCCAAUAAAGAAGGCUUCUACGCUGCUGCUCUCUGGUUGCAUGAAAAUCACCCUAAAACCCUAGCUACCAAUGUUUCUUCAUUCGCUGCCUUUGGUUACUUCAAAGAUCUCCCUGAGAUCCUCUACCGUCUUCUCGAAGGUUUUGAAGUUCGCGAAAAGCAGAAAGAAGAGUGGCAAAGGAAAUUUUCAUCAACAUCAAGGAGAGAAAUAAAUAAAAAACAACUACACCACAACAAGAACAAGGACGUCAAGGAUAACAAAGGUGAAGAGGUGGCUGCGAGAGCUAAGGCUCAGAAAGAAACUGCUCACGCUUUGAAGGAAGAGAAGAGGAUUGCCUUGGCUAAGAAGCUUGUUGAUCGAUACAAUCGUGACCCUGAUUUUAAGUUCCUUCAUAAUUGUAUCUCUCAUCAUUUUGCUGAUUGUUUGAAGAAGGAUCUUGAGUUUUUGAAAUCUGGGUCACCCAGAAAAAUCAGUCUUGCUGCUAAAUGGUGCCCCUCUCUUUACUCUUCCUUUGAUCGGUCAACUCUUCUGUGUGAGACCAUUGCCAAGAGGAUAUUCCCUCGGGAGGAAUAUGAAGGUGUGGAGGAGGCGCAUUAUGCUUAUAGGGUUCGUGAUCGUUUGAGGAAAGAUGUGUUGGUGCCGUUGAGGAAGGCGUUGCAAUUGCCUGAGGUGUUUAUUGGGGCUAAUCAAUGGGGUUUGAUUCCUUAUAAUAGGGUUGCUUCUGUGGCCAUGGAGUUUUAUAAGGAGAAGUUUUUGAAGCAUGAUGAGGAGAGGUUUGAGAAGUACUUGCAGGAUGUGAAGGCAGGGAAGACUACUAUGGCUGCUGGUGCUUUGCUUCCUCAUAAGAUUAUAAAGUCUUUUUUGAAUGGAUAUGGUGGAGAAGUGGAUGAGUUGCAGUGGAAGAGAAUUGUUGAUGAUUUGCUCAAGAAAGGAAAGAUGAAAAAUUGUCUUGCAGUGUCUGAUGUGUCUGCGAGUAUGUAUGGGACCCCUAUGGAGGUGUCUGUGGCAUUGGGGUUGUUGGUGUCUGAAUUGAGCGAGGAACCAUGGAAAGGGAAGGUGAUUAGUUUCAGUGCUGAGCCUGAGCUUCAUGUGAUUAAGGGGGAUGAUCUGAAGUCCAAGGCAAGGUUUGUGAGAUACAUGGAUUGGGGGUUCAACACUGAUUUCCAGAAGGUGUUUGAUCGAAUAUUGGAUGUGGCUGUCAAUGGGAAUCUGAAGGAGGAUCAGAUGAUUAAGAGGAUAUUUGUAUUUAGUGACAUGGAGUUUGAUCGAGCGUCUGCAAAAUCUUGGGAGACCGGUUACCAAGUUAUCACUAGGAAAUUUAGAGAGAAAGGGUAUGGUUCUGUUUUGCCUCAGAUAGUUUUUUGGAAUCUGAGAGAUUCGAUCGCCACCCCGGUGCCAUCCACUCAGAAAGGAGUGGCGCUGUUAAGUGGGUUUUCGAAGAAUCUACUGACAUUGUUCUUGGAUAAUGAAGGUGAUCUAAGCCCCGAAGAAGCCAUGGAAGCUACCAUCGCUGGCCCCGAGUAUCAGAAACUAGUUGUGCUGGAUUGAUUUCCUUCUAAAAUUAUUAGUGCAACAUUAAUAAGUCGAUUAAAAGGAAAUGGGUGAUUCUGUUUAUGAACUACUGCUUGAUUAGAUUGUUGGUAAUAAAUUUCUGAUAUGCUUUUGUUUUAUGUAGUUGUUCUUCAGUUGAAAUGGAAGUGUGUUUUUAAUGCAAAUUGGUUACCUCUUUCA